CUCACCUUGGUAAAACAAAGAAACGAAAGUCAUACGAUAAAAUGGAUUGUUACGUGCAUCAUACACUGCACCAGCAUCAUGACCCCACUGAUACCAGCACUGUUCUACCUGAAGGCACCAAGUUGAUCAAGCCACCUAACAAGCUGGUUGAAAUAGUGGCCCAAGCCAUUGAUGGAAGUCCUGAUAAAUUAUUACAAGUUCAGCAGGUCUAUUCAGUCUUACAGAACAAGUACCCCUACUUCAGAUAUAUGGACAAGUCUGCCAUUACAAGCUGGAGGAGCUCAAUCCGACAUGCCUUGUAUCAGAAAUGGUUUGUGAAAGUUCCCUUUACAACUGACCUGAUCAACUGCAAGGGAAGUUACUGGUGCCUCAACAAGAUGUAUAUUCCCAAGGAGUGGAAUAUGCCAGGCAUGCCAGUCAUUCCCAAACAUGUUGUGCCCCCAAGGUCAAUGCCAAGGAAUGGAUAUGCAAUGGAUAUAGAGAACGACCCGAACAAACUCGAAGAUCUGGCUGCUGUGCAGACACUCACGAUGCAACAUGCAAACAUCCAUACCAACUUCCCAGAUGUCUUUAACAUCGGUG